AUGGAUCGAACGAUGGAGGACAAUGUUACGCUCAACUUUGAAUGGUCCGAUGGGCGACAGGAAAAGCAGAACAAAACCUUCAGCGUGCGUCCAAACUAUAUUUAAUAAAUAGAUUCAGAUAUCAAAAACAAGUAGAAAAAUAGAAAAAUGAAAAAAUCAUGCUUUUUUAAUAAUUAACUUUUUUGUCACGCCUUAUUUCCCCUCGGCGUUCCGAGUCAAUGAAGAGUUAAAAAGCUGCGGUUUCCCACUACGAACCUUUCUUGAGCCAGUUGAUUGAGCGGAGAUUGAACUUGUGAGCCAUUGAACUGUAGACAGGAAUACAAACUCAGACCUUGGUAACGCGAACGGGACGCGAAUAGGACGUGUCGGGGCCUUUCUAGUGACCACUUUAGUAGCCUUAAAGCUCUUAAGUGAUCCCUUGAAUCGCCCAUAAACGUCCGGGGCACGUCCGUUUCGCGUUACCAAUGUCCGAGAACUGUUGCGCUACGCCGCGCUGCUCCUUUAAUAGUUAAAGCUGCACCUUUAACAAAUGGUUUAAAUAAAUUGAAUAAAUCAAGUAUUUUUGGUUUGUAUUGUUAUUUUGAGUUUAUUUUUUUAAUCGAUUAAGUUUGAAAAAAAUCCGUCGAAACCGUUCAAUUCUGUUUUUUUCUUCGGAAUCCGUGAUCCAUUCUUUAGAAUUUGUCAAUGAAAAUAUUUUGUAAGCUAGUUGAUUCGAAUAACUGUUUUUGAAAUUAUUGAAUUCAUCAAAAAAGCUUUGAAAAGUUUCAGGUUGCAAAAUUAUUGAGUCUGGAGUCGGUUUUCACGUUGGUUCUGAACGACUUUCGUCAAAAUGAAAUUGGCCUAAGAGAUAUCUUUGUUUCCUGCGAACAAGCUUUAAUUUGGCCGAGCAAUGUUGCCAAAACCGCAGAGGUUGGUGAAUUCCAUGUUUAAAAAGCGAUUAUUCGUCUAUGGUAAAAUUCCGAUUUUUCAUUCAAGUCAAAAAAAUUCAGUUCAUCUUCAUUUUUAAAAAAAGAUUUUUUUAAAAAAAAGCUUUUUAUUAGAUUUCUUACAAUUCCCUCAUGUUUGAACCUCUUUAAAAAAAUCAUAUUACGUCAGGAAAAAGUUAACAUUAAUGAACUUAUUUUUCAAAUAUUUUACAGGAAUUAUCUUGUUACGAAGGAAAGGUGCUUAAGAUUCACCCGAAAUCAGCUGAAACCGACGUCGAGGUUAAUCUAAAGCGGCUGAACAGGUUAUUUUUUUCAUUAUGCGAGAAAAUGGCUGGAAUUUCUUGAGCAGGUGGAAAUGUAAAGCUGGGUACAAAAUGAUAUAAUUGAAAAAAAAAUUGUGUAAUGAAGAUUAUUAUCAGUAUUUCUGAAUUUUUGAAAAUACUAGAUUCGAGUUUUGUGGAAUGACAAGCGUAUUUAGGAAGUUGCCCCUUCGGAUUCUAAGUUGAAUAAUCCCUUAUUUAGAGCAAAAUUAAUGUUCGAUUGGACUUUUUUCCAUUUAAAAGAAAAACUCGAUAUUUUAGUCUCUAUAAAAGGGCUCUCGAUCUGGCUCCGCAAAGUUUCAUCGAAACGCCAAUGCUUUUCAUUCCAAUAACUUUGAAUACACGGAAACUUUUAGCAUUUGUGGACACAGGUAAUUUUGAAAUUUUUUCACAAACUUCGAAUAUUUCAGUUUCCUGGUGCACAACUAUCAAUUAUAUCGAAAGACGCGGCCCAGAAGUGCGAUGUUUUCGACUUGAUUGAUUCCAGGUAUUUAUUAAAAUAAGCUUUUCAAAGAAAGUAGGCAAUUUUGAAGAUUCCAAGUUACGGCUGCUGGCGUCGGAGGGGCUUCAGAGGCGCUGGGGAAAAUUUUGAAUUGUGAGAAUUUCCGUUUUUUUAAAGUGUAUUCUCUAAGGGUUUGAGACACUGAAAACAUCUAGACUAUGGAAACUUGUCAGGGCUAUUUUGGAAACUAUAGGACCUUUGCUUUCGUUAAAACCUUAAAAAAUUUGAAAAAGGACAAGAAAAAAAAUGUUUGGGCUCCAUGGAUAGUUCAAUUCCAGAUUUAUAGUAGACAGAUUGGUGAAAUAAAACCAUGGAAAAACCAAGAAUGGAAUAAAUUUCAAAGCCAGGUGCAAAAUCUGGAAAAAAAAACAGAAAUUUAACACGACUAAACUUCAUUUUUCGGUGUUUUUUUGAGUAUGAUAUAAAAGAAGAAUCAUUUAAUUUUUUUAAUAGACGUUUGCAAAAUUCGGCCUGAGUUUUUCAAAUAUGAAAUAUGUCAAAAAUGAAAAUUAGUUGGUGAAUCUUGGUUGAUUUUUUUGCUCCAUCAAAUUCUCAAUAUCCUAAAUAAAUAAUAAGACGAUAUUUUUUAGUGGAUCUCGAAGUGGGCGGCUUCGCGGUCCCCGCCACGUUGACCGUGAUGGAGCAUACUGUCGUCGGUACUGACGUCAUCAUUGGAAUCGACAUUUUGCGCGCUUACCAGGCCAAAAUCGACUUGCAGGUUAGAAUUCCAAACGCAAAUAUUUCCUUUUUUUCGAAAUCGACCUUCCUAAUUAGGAGAUGACUUUGACUUUGGGUGGAGUGGCCAAGGAAACCUUCCUUUCUGAGACUCAAGUGCGGCAUAUCGACUUGUUCGGCGUCAAAUCAAUCUUUGAGUCUGAGAGAAAUCCAUAA